UCUAAUUUUAAUACGUAUUAAAAUUAGAAUGUGUACGCAUUCAAAUAAUAAAUACAAAUUAAAACUUAACAUCGACAGCAUGAUUGGACCGUCCUCUGGCACAGGAGGCGUUCCAGAACACAAGGUGUUGGACAACCAAUCCAGAUCUGGGAAAAAGCGUAUCUUCGAGGAUCUGGACAUCGAAAAUUUUUGCGAGGAGGUGCAAAACAGUCGUAAACGAUAUCAGCAUCAAGAAAUAGAUGCGCCUAUGGAAAUGGUCGCUUCUAAUCAAGGAAUAGGCGAUACCGCGGCGUUAUUCUCGCCAAUGUCUAGUCAGGAAACAGUAGACGAGUGUCCGGUAGCACGACUCGAAGUCCUCUUGGUGGACGGUACGAAUUACACUUGGACAACCGUUUCUGAAUUAGAAUCUCAUCAGAACGUUCACGAAAUCGCAACCUCCCCUUCCGCGUCUUCUGCUUCGUCGGAACAUCGUCAGGAACAAGUGAUUCAGGAGGUGCAGAUAGAGGAGAUGAGUUAUCCAGUCAGUUCAGAUUAUUGGGAGCCAGUAAUCACAGUACCUUCGUUAAAUGCGCAACAGAAUAAAACUGGAGGAUUUUAUCAUAGUCAGCAACAGCAACAGCAACAACAGUUCGAUGAUCAAGAGACUGGAAACCUCUCCUGGUUACUGGACUUCAAAUUGGAUCCUUUUAUCGAGGCAGCGGACGACAAGUCCACCGCAACACCCACCAGAGACAAUUAUGCUGGUGUGAAAGUCUACUCCUAUUCUACUCCUAUUAAAAAAAAAACUGUUGAGCGAAAAAGUUUGCCUUUGAAAUGUUGUCACAUUUCUCAGCGACUGUUUCCUUCUUUCUGUUCAGGGAACAAGGUGAAAAUAAACGGUCGUCCUUAUGGAUCCGUAUGUAGUAACGAUGUUAAAAGAAGUUACACCGAAAACGGUUCAUUGCAUCAAGAUUCGUACCAGAGUUACUCGAAUUUCGAUAACAGAAACUUCGCGAGUUCGCGGUGUAACGGACCAAAGAAACCUCCCUUCACGUAUACCGAACUUAUUGAACACGCUCUUCGAGAAAGGGGCGAACUUACUGUAUCAGCGAUUUAUCAAUGGAUUUCCGAACACUUUCCUUAUUAUAAAAGCAACGAUGAUCGUUGGAAAAAUUCCGUGCGGCACAACCUAUCGAUAAAUCCUCACUUCAGAAAAGGAUCAAAGGCACCUCAUGGAGCUGGACAUUUGUGGGCAAUUGCAAACAGAUCAGGAGACUCUAGACCCAAACAAACCAUCAACGCUAUUAAUUCUUCCAUAAAACAAGCCGUUAAGCACUCUAUAGAAGCUGAGAAUAAUCGAAAAAAUAUUAGCCAAACUAAUCCCAUAGAUGAAGUGGAAGCUGCAACUGCGAGCAUUAUACAACAGCCCUCUGAGGAAGAGACUGGAAACAUAGUAAAUUCUGUAACGUUAGAACACUGUGCAGAAGAAAUUCUUAGUGGUAUCAAAAAAGAAGUGGAAGUCCAGUAUCUGGUACCAAUGAUGGUUUCCAAUAAUCAACAUAAUUCCACACAAUCUGAUCAACAGACACAGGAACUUCAUUAUCCCAUAAAAGAAAGUGAUUUUCUCAAUCCAGUAUCCAAAGAAGUAGUAGCAGAAGAAUGUGGACUCAUAAGCGAAGGCUAUCUCGUUACAGACCUAAAUCCUACAACCUUAGGUCUGAAUAUGGUUGAUCCAGAAAUUAUCACACCCGAAAAUCUGUUUGGGGAAGAAUUAAGUUUUCAAUUUUACGAAUUGUCAUCUCCGUCACAAAUCCAAUCUGCCUGACACACUGAAAAAAAUAAGCUACGAUUGAUCGUCA